AUGCUCUUCCCACGAGCCCUCCGGCGCGCCGGAACCCGCACCAUCCAACAAUCCCGCACCGCGUCCGGACCCCGCCCAUCCCCCCGACGCACCAUCAUGCCAGCCCCAGGCCCCAACGCCGGACCCAUCCUCGAACGCCGCGCAGACCGCGAACUACCCUCGCUAAAUAAAGGCCGCAGCUGGCUAUACUCGCUGCCGAUUUUCAUCGUCGCCACCGGCGCGGGUAUGCUGGGUAUAUUCAAUUACCAGAAGAGCUCGAGCAGUAUCGUGAACAGCACGCUUUAUGCGCUGCGGACGUCGACGCAGGCGCGCGAUAUCCUGGGCGAUGAGAUCUAUUUCGCGCAGCAGAUUCCUUGGAUUUCGGGGGAGAUGAAUCAGUUGCAUGGGCGGAUUGAUAUUUCGUUUUGGGUUAAGGGGACUAAGGCGCAGGGGAAGAUGAGGUUUCGGAGUGUUAGGCCUGAUCGGAUGAGUUUUUUCCGGACUGAGGUGUGGAGCUUGGAGACUGAGGAUGGAACGGUUGUGCAGCUGCUCGAUGGCAAUGAUCCUUUUCGACGGGACUAG